GGAUCUAACUCGCGUUACUUUGUUGUGGCGAGCAGGUGGUGAGACGGAACACGGUGGUAGUAGCAGCAGAGAGUAUUUUACGGUAGUAGUUAAAUACGAACAACUGAAUGAAUCAUGAAAACCGAACUUGAAUUUUUAUAUCUAUCCCGUUGGUAGAAACGAAAGGGACCAGCAAGGAGAGUAUGGCAGGGAAAUGAAGUCAACCAAGGAGGCAAAAGGUGUGAAGCCCAGAGCAGUAAUAGGAAGAGUUUGUGGUCGAGCUGUCAUUUAAGGAGUGAUACACACAAACACUUCAGGUUCAUAAUCUUUUAAAUUGUAAUGCUGUUGAGUCUAAGCUGUUAUUUGAAUUUAUAAUACGCAUUAAAGGGAGAUGAUGUCACUGAUUAAAACCUGCAAAAACAGGGUAAUAAUGAAACCCGUUGUAAGGAUAUUAAGAAAGGAGUUUCGGGAGCAUAGCGGGAAAGCAUCUUCACACCCUAGAAUUGAAGAACCUAUUAAAUUUGCAGAGAGCAGAGCAUCUACUUGGAAAGCAAAGUAUACAAGAAUAGGGACUGAAUCAGUUGUUUCUCCACCCUGGUACCAGGGUAUAGUUGUUUCUCUCAGUCUGGGAGUGUUUUUACUUUAUUUUUGUGUUUUUCGAGAAGAAAAUGAUAUUGAUGAAGAAUUAGGAAAGACUUUAUAUGACCGCAUUGAAGGUUUGGAAGAAUUUCAGCUACGAUCUUCUCUUAAAUACAACCUAGAAAAAGGGUUGGAUACUACAGCUAUUGAAAGAAGAUUGCAAGCAAUAGAAGAAGAAAAAAGAUCACGUAACUCUUGAACCCAGUGACAAAACCUAGAUUGUUUCUUUGAUAGUUAAGGUACAGAGUUGCCUGGUAUUUUAUACUUCUCACUUUUGCUACAGAUAACUAUCAUGUAGAUUUGGAAUUGUGUAGUACCUGAUGUCAGCAUAGUGAAAAAAAGUGUAAUAAAUUAUUAAAACAUAAUUGUACCAUUUGACAUUUUACUAUUUUAGCACUGUUUCCACAUCUAAUGUAUUAACAGAUGUACCUUGUAAUUGCAGAUUUGUGUUCUCCAAUCCCUGUUUUACUAUAAUCUGGGGAAGUACAAACAUUGUUUCAUUUAAUAUUAAGUAACCAUUAAAUUAAUAUCGCCAGAGUAUAAGGAGUAUGAGUACUGAGCCAUGGUGGCCUGACAGGUUGGGUUUCUAUCCCAUUUCCCAUCAGGGUGGCUCCGAUGUCAACUCCGCCUCCUUUCCAGGUGAAUAUCAGUACAUUUACUGGAGGUAAAGGCAGUCUGAGCUUUGUGCUCACCUUGCAAUCUCCUUGUGCCAAUAGUGAAGAAUAGGUGGAGCCUCCAUUGGUCUGUGUGCAAUUGCACAGGGCACCUUUACUUUAUAUGUUAUGCUUUAAUAUUAGAAUAUAAACAUACCCACUACUGUAAAACGUACGAAUAUUAUUUUUGCAACAUCACCAAAAAUUAUUUUACCUGAUUGCCAAUCAUCAGUACCUUCACUUCCGUUUCCCUGCUGCCUGCUCAUCGCUGCUGUCUUUGCAAUUUCUUCCCCCAUAGUAGUUGAAUGUUGAAAGAGGGAGGAUGUUAGUAGAACAGGUUAAAUUAAUUUCUGAUUUCACAAAACAUUGUUUUCACAUUUUACAUUAGUUUCGUCCAUCUGAAUUUGGGGGAUUUUUUUUUUAUCAUCAAACUAGUA